AUGAAAUUCAUCCGAGCUAUUUUCUUACUGCUCCUCUGUCCAGCUUUGAGCCUCAACACCAGACAAAGCUACGAUGGGCUGGAACAGAGGCUGAAGGAGGUCUUCGGUGAACGGAGCAGCAUCCUGCACCAGCUCUCCAAGACGUCAAAGGAGCUGGACAGCAUCAAAGGAAACCUUCAGUCGCUGAAGAACGAUGACUCGGUGGCCAAGAAGGAUGUGCAGAGGAUCCUGGAGCUCAGCCACAAGCAGAGGCAGGAGAUGAAGUCUCUCCAGGCCGCCUUGCAGAAGCAGCUGGACGAGGCAAACGAGAGGGCGGAGAAGCAGCAGGCCACGAUCAAAUUUCUGAAAGUGGAGAUGGAGAAAAAAACAAAAAUCAUCAAGGAUCUACAGCAAGAGAACAAGAGCUUGAAAACCAAACUGCUUUCGGGACACAAGCGUUGUGAUGCCUACGCUGAAGAGUCGAAAAAAAUCCAGGCUCAACUGAAAGAACUGCGGUACGGGAAAAAUGAUUUAAUUUUUAAGGGCCAGCAGCUAAUGGACCUGGAGCACAAGCUAACUAUAGCCAAGGAGGAACUGGAGAAGACUGCACUGGAUAAGGAGUCUCAGCUGAAGGCGCUGAAGGACACGGUUCACAUCUGCUUCUCGGCCGUCCUGCACAACCAGCCCGGCAGCAGCCACAGAUUUCCCGUCUCCCCCGCCCACUUGUUCAGAUACUCGUCGCUCAUCAACAGCUCCAGAGUCACCUUCCAGCAGCCGGACGCCAAGGAUAUCUCUAAAAUUCAGAGAAUUGCAGCAGACAGUAAAUCCCCCGGGAAGCUCGGAGUAAUGAGGAGAGAGGGUGACGGAGUGACAGGCUGCCAAAUGGAAAAGCCCGGCGGCAGCUGCUUCCAGAACCAGACGGAGGAAUCGGCCCCAGACAGUAAAACGCUACCAGAGCCACAGCAGCAGAGGAGCCAACCGCAGACCGGAACAUCCGACACAAAGCUCUCAGAUGACAGCGAGGCGGCGGAGGGAGGCAGCAGCAAAAAGACAAAGCCACACGAACACGACUGAGCGGACGGCACAUCAUCCAAAAUGCUCCUGUAUCGCCUGAAGGAUCUUUCUAAGAGCACACACUUGCGCACUCUCACAAAAUAACACGUGCGCCCACACACACACACACACAUACACACACACUCACACACACAGCUACACACGCAUAUCAGCAUUGUUUGCAAAAGCUGAGACUCUGGAAUCGUCGACACAACACAUUUCUGACAGUCAUCGGCAAACCUCCAGAAUAAAAACAGGCAUGCAUUCUAGACAUUCUUUUUCAGAAAAAGGUAGCAAAUGGCACUGGUAACUUGUUUCAUUGAUGGUUCAUUUGUUGUUUACUUAUCUGAGUUUUUAUUCCGAGUGAGGACACUGCUUUCUAAAUGUGUGAUCUUUCUAGAAAAAUCCCGUUGCACUGGUGAGGUCUGAUACUGUAUCCUGUGAUAGAAGUACAUCAAUUGACAAAAGAUACUUCUAUUACUACUACUACUACCCAACUUAGAGUAUUGUUUGUAACUCAUUGUAGCAAGGUUAAUUUACUCCUCCACAUUUUUAAAAAUAGAGGCUCAAGUUGGCUGGCCAACUGUUCAACAUUUAAUAUUUCCGCACUCUUUAACACUCGAGGCAAAGAGCCAAAGACUCACAAUGGGUCGUCUCCCUGAGAAUGUGCCGUGCACUGGGUAGUAACUCCGAGCUACGCGUAUCUGUGUUAUCUGACCUUUCGGUGUCCUUUCAAUAAACUGUAAUUUUCAGUAAAUGUGUGAAGAAUAAAUGGUUAUUCGUGGGAAAGAAAUGAGUGAGUAUGUUUGUGAUCAACAGAGGAAAUGG